AUGUUUAGCGACGCUAGUGGGAAGGCCUUCGCGGCGUGCGUAUUUUUGCGAAUUGAAUGCGAAAAAGAAGUUCAAAUUAAAUUAGUGCAGGUGAAAUCACGCAUCGCUCCUCUAAAAAAGGAUCCCAUCACCAAAAUCAAAACUGAAAUGUCUAUUCCAAAAUUAGAACUCUUAGCUGCACUGAUAGGUACUCGUCUUGUUCAGACAGUCAAGACUUCAUUAAACAUUUCUGAUAUCGAAACCUUCUAUUCGACUGACUCUAAAGUGGUUCUUUGUUGGAUCAAAAAUCCCGGAACAUGGAAAACUUUCGUGAACAACCGAAUACAAGAAAUUCACUUGAAUUCAUCUAAAGAAAAUUGGUGUUACAUCCCAUCUCAAAUGAAUGCAGCGGACAUCGCUUCUCGUAGGUGCAACGCACAAACUCUGUUCAGUCUUCGUUGGUGGGAGGGUCCCACAUGGUUAAAAAAUCGAGACUCUUGGCCAAACAUUCACAAUGCUGAUUUCUCAGACGGUUUAGAGCUUGCUACCGUCGGGAAAAAACCUACAGUUACGAUGAAUAUUUCUUUAGAAGAGCUCACCAAAUCUGAACUCGAUAUAUUCCUUUUCAUACAAAAUGACUCAUAUGGGAAAAAUCGUCGACUGAUACCACCCAAUUUCAUCAUUCACCGCAACUCCAGUAGUCUUCCAAGAGUUGAGACAAAACUUGUCUCGACUGGUGAUGGUUAUUUUUUUAGAUGUCCUAUCCUGUUGCCAGACAGGAAUGAACUAGUUUUCAAACUCAUCGAAGAGACUCAUCGGACCUACAGCCAUGUAGGCGUACAAACACUUGUCACAACCCUUCGUGAAAAGUACUGGAUUUUGCGAUCAAUAAAAACCGUUCGAUCAGUUGUUUCCAAAUGUGUAAUUUGCCAAAGAUUUAAAUCCAAAUCUGCUACGACGAUGUUCGCUUCUCUUCCAGAAGAACGUGUACGAAUAUCAGCAGUGUUCGAAACAACUGGAGUUGAUUUAGCUGGUGCUUUGGUUCUUCGAAAUUGUGACAAAGUUUGGAUUACAAUCUUCACGUUUGCCGUGUACCGUGCGGUGCAUUUCGAACUUGUUUCGGACAUCUCCACACAAAGUUUUCUUCUCGCAUUGAGACGUUUCAUUUCACGUCGAGGUCGAGUAAAAUUAAUCUAUUCAGAUAAUGGCGCAAACUUUGUUGGUGCAAAGAACGAACUGAAAAGUAUCGACUGGAAUGUCAUCAUUGCUCACUCAGAUUGGAGAAAAAUCUCCUGGCAUUUCAACCCACCUACCGCUGCUUGGUGGGGGUGGGGGGGUUGGUGGGAGAGGGUGGUAAGAAUGUUAAAGGAAUUGUUGAGACGCAAUUUAGGAAAAGCGUGUCUUAACUACGAAGAAUUGUACACCGUUGUGUGUGAAUGUGAAGCUCUACUUAAAGGUAGACCUCUAACUUACCUCUCCGAAGAACCAUCAGAUCUAGUGCCAUUAACUCCUUCUCUCUUUUUACAGGAUCAGACUAAAUUUUGUGUAGAUGAUCUAGAUCAGAAUGAUAUGCAGAAUCUUCGCAAACGCGCGAAACACCUUCACUCCCUUAAACAAAAACUAAAAACACGUUUCUAUAAGGAAUAUAUUUUGCUCUUUAAGCAAUCCAGACACUCUCAUCAAACCCCACUUGAAGUGGGAGAUAUGAUUCUAAUCAGUUCAGAUAAUAAGAAACGUGUUGAUUUUCCUCUAGCCAAAGUAAUUGAAAUUUAUAAAGGACGAGAUGGUGUUUCCUGA